CAACUGAAGAUAAAAAUGAAUCGUUUUGCUCCCGAUUUCUCUUGAAAAUCUGCCCGACUGCUUGCGCAGAUUCGUCACCCCGAUGGCCGGCGGAGGCAACGGCGGCGGAGGCAACGUCGGCGGUUGCAAGGAGGAGGAGCAAGACGGGGUGUCGGUGCAUUCUCCGUGCAAGGCGCCUCUUUCCUCUGCGUCUUCUCUCCCUCAGGAGCAAUCGCAGGUCGAAUUGGAGCUCAGGCUGCUGGAAGCUCUCGAGAGGUACCCUCCCGCUAAAUUGCGAGGUAUACAUCGGCACUUCGUCCUUUACGGGCUAAUGGAGCACCUGCGAAGAAGCUUCGACCGCCAUUUCUCUGCCGACGAGGUUUUGCAAUUGCUGGAUCGUUUCUACAACUUAGACAUGCUGAAACCAGAUGAGGAUGAAUCUGAGAUUCUAAACCAAGAGGAAGAUUUCAGCUUGCCGCCAAGCUAUUUCGUCAAGGAAGAGCUUUAAUCCCGAGAAGAAUGUUCUCCGAUUCCUGGUGGAUUUAAUUGAGAGCGAGACAGAAUGUUGUGGGAGUAUCGGCAUGCAGGAUGGAUCGUUUCGAGAUACAAAAUACAUGUAAUCACUUGCAAAAGGAGAUUUUCCAGGUUAUGAAUCUCGCAGUGUUUUGAGAAUCAAUAAGAUGAUCGUUCAUAAA